AAAGAAGAGACUGAAGCUUCAGCCAUCCAGGAACUUCUACUACAUCACAAUGCUGAGGGAUCCAGUGUCCCGGUACUUAAGCGAAUGGAAACACGUGCAGAGGGGUGCGACGUGGAAAACUUCCCUUCACAUGUGUGAUGGAAGAAGCCCAACGCCAGACGAGCUGCCUACCUGUUACGAGGGAGACGACUGGUCAGGAGUCACUUUACAGGAGUUCAUGGACUGUAGCUACAACCUGGCCAACAACCGGCAGGUGCGCAUGCUGGCAGACCUCAGCCUGGUGGGGUGCUACAACUUGACUUUCAUGAAUGAGAGCGAAAGAAACAUGAUUCUCCUCCAAAGCGCCAAGAACAAUCUGAAAAACAUGGCCUUCUUCGGGCUCACUGAAUUUCAGAGGAAAACGCAGUAUCUCUUUGAGAGGACCUUCAACCUGAAAUUCAUUUCCCCAUUCACCCAGCUCAACGUCACGCGGGCCUCCAACGUGGACAUCGGCGAGGACGUGCGGCAGCGGAUAGAGGAGCUGAACUUCUUGGACGUGCAGCUCUACGAGUACGCCAAGGACCUGUUCCUGCAGCGCUUCCAGUACUCCAAGCAAGAGGAGCACCAGAAGAACCGGCUAAAGAGGCGAGAGGAGCGGCGGCUGCUGCGGGAGCAGAGGGCCCACCAGUGGCCAAGGGAGGCGGCGGCAGAAGUGGUCGUUACUGAAGAUUAUAACAGUCAGGUCGCAAGGUGGUGA